UAAUUUGAGUUUCAAACGGAUUGGAUCAGAAAAUCAAGUGCUCUACAAAAUUUAGGAACAAAUUCGGAAACAUGUUGCAGUGUAUUUUUCUUCUGUCAGAUUCCGGGGAAGUGUUGCUUGAGAAACAGCUUACUGGUCACAGGGUUGACCGCGCCAUAUGUGAUUGGUUCUGGAACCAAAUACUUACUCAAGGUGAUUCGUUGAAGCUUGUACCUGUUAUUUCUUCACCCACCCACUACCUAUUUCAAGUGGUUCGUGAGGGGAUCACCUUCUUGGCGUGCACCCAAGUUGAGAUGCCACCUUUGAUGGCAAUUGAGUUCCUUUGCAGGGUAGCUGAUGUUCUUUCAAAUUAUUUGGAUGGCUUGAAUGAAGAUCUGAUUAAGGAUAACUUUGUUAUUGUUUAUGAGCUGCUAGAUGAGAUGAUUGACAAUGGCUUCCCUCUAACAACAGAACCUAAUAUCCUAAGGGAAAUGAUAGCUCCUCCAAACAUUGUUAGUAAGGUUUUGAGUGUUGUCACUGGUAAUACGUCCAAUGUGAGCAAUACACUUCCAGGGGCAACUGCUUCUUGUGUUCCAUGGAGAAAAACAGACCUUAAGCAUGCCACCAAUGAAGUUUAUGUUGAUCUAGUGGAAGAAAUGGAUGCUACCAUAAACAGAGAUGGGAAUCUGGUGAAAUGCGAGAUAUAUGGUGAAGUUCAAGUAAAUUCAAAUUUGUCAGGUCUCCCCGAUCUCACUCUGUCGUUUGCGAACCCUUCAAUAUUUAAUGACGUGAGAUUUCACCCUUGUGUUAGACUUCGGCCCUGGGAAUUAAACCAGAUUUUAUCCUUUGUGCCACCUGAUGGACAGUUUAAGCUCAUGAGUUACAGGGUGAAGAAGUUGAAGAGUACUCCGAUAUAUGUGAAGCCACAAUUCACUUCAGAUUCAGGGACAUGUCGUAUAAGUGUUUUAGUUGGAAUUCGGAAUGAUCCUGGAAAGUCAAUUGACAAUAUUACAGUUGAAUUCCGACUACCACCUUGCGUUACGUCAUCUGAUCUUUCUCCAAAUUAUGGAUCUGUAAAUGUUCUUGCUGACAAGACCUGCUCCUGGACAAUCGGGCGGAUGCCAAAAGAUAAAGCUCCGUCUAUGUCUGGAACCUUAGUGCUUGAAACAGGUGUGGAGCGGCUUCAUGUAUUUCCCACUUUCCAAGUUGCUUUCCGGAUCAUGGGGGUCGCUCUCUCUGGCUUAAAAAUCGAUAAGCUGGACCUGAAGAAUCCACUUUCUCGACCGCAUAAAGGUUUCCGGGCUCUCACAAGAGGAGGUGAGUUUCAAGUGAGAUCAUGAUUUCUUGAAGCAAUACAAGUGUGACCCUACAGUGUUUCUGUUGUACAUUUAUAUAUCAGAGUGCCUUUGUGUUCUGUGUAGCUUUUUAACCAUAAGUGAUUGGGAUAGUAAUGAUUUUUUGAUAUUUUUUUUGUUUCAAAUAUUAGUUCACACUUAGAUGGGAAUUGAUAUCUGAUUCUAAUC